AUGACAGAAACCAAUUUGCCCCUUCAAAACAAAGUAGCAAUCGUCACCGGAGCUUCAAGAGGAAUUGGAGCAGCUAUAGCUGAAGCGCUAGCUCUUCGAGGCGCCAAAGUAGCCCUUACGUUUACUUCAGAUAGUAGUGUUGAAGCGACAGAACAAUUGGUUAAGAAAAUUAAAGGCUUUGGAACUUCGGCAGAUGCAAUUAAGAUUCAAGCAGAUUUAAGCCAUGUUGGCAGUCCUAAAUUUAUUGUUGACACCACUAUAAAGGCAUUCGGACCUACGAUUCAUAUCCUUAUCAACAAUGCUGGGCGUGUAACUAAGCCAAAACCCUUGGGACAAAACAAUAUCGAAGACUUUAAUUAUUCUUUUGAUCUGAACGUUCGUGGUCUAUUUUUCCUUACAGAAGCAGUAUUUCCUCAUCUUCCAAAGAAAGAAGAAAAUGCUGGCACCGGAGGCAGAAUUAUAAAUGUCGGAAGCGUGGCUGAAAGGAUGGGUGUCCCUCAGUAUCCCAUCUAUUCUGCAACCAAAUCUACUAUCGAAGGCUUUAGGAGAUGUUGGGCUGCCGAAUUAGGCCCUCAAAGCCAUACCGUUAAUCAAAUUAACCCCGGAAUAGUUGAAACCGAUAUGCUAAAUGACUUUGAAGAGAGUACCACUCAAUUUCUCGCUAAACUUACGCCUUAUGAAAACCGCUAUGCAAAACCACAAGAAAUAGCAGAAGUUGUUGGUUUCCUUGUCGAUGAUAACAGCCGAUGGAUUACUGGACAGGUCAUUUCAGCUUCUGGCGGACUGUCAAUGUAUUGAGUUUAUUUGUAUAAAGGAGAUUUCUAAAUGGUGAGCAAGUCAAAGUAGUGUUAGCUGGUGAAGACUAUGGGCAAGACAGCGCAUGAAAUAUUAUUACGUUCAACUUAUAUAGAGGAUUUGAUAUGAUGAAUAUACAUUAAUGAAUCAUAAACGCAUAAUGAUAUUUUAAGUGCCA